GGAAGGACUACGCCUCUUUCUAGGUUCCUACCGUGACCUUCGACCCUUCUCGCGACUCGCAGCCCUUCCUCUAACAUGUGCAACCAGCAAAUCUUCAAAUACGUACAAUGUGGCUGCAAACGCGACGGGCUAUUCGAGCAAUGUGCUGAGCGAACAGGCACGAUUGCGCGAUGCGAUAAGAUCGAGACCAACGUCCUCAAUGUUGUCGAGACGUAUUGUAGGAAGCAUACUGUGCCAACGACAGCUGUGACGAUGCAAAAGUACGCUGUCUGAGAACCCGCCCUUGUUUUCUGUAUCACUUGAAUUUCUCACCUCCGCACGCAGCAUUUAGAAAUGAGGAUCCUUUUCUCUGGACGAUAUAGCAUAUACUCGGUCUUUUUCGACUCUGCCCAGCAUUUUUAUCAGACUCCCAAUCUCUGUAUCGUCUUUCUGUUCUUGCGUCAUGCCUUGUAGCUCCACGCCUCUCGCCUUUUUCUAAUUCUGUACCUGUCUUGUAUGAAUGGCUGGUUGUCUACUUGUAAUGAAUAUAUCAGCGAAGAAUUUGUGUGCCUUUCUGGCCA